CUUCCCCUGCUCCAGUGUGGGGUCCCUCCCUCAGGAGCCUGUGCUCCAUGAACUUCUCCAGCAGGAGUCCUUCCCAUGAGCUGCAGUUAAACCUUUUAUCCCCGAGGUGUCACCACCAUCUCUGCUGGGCUCAGCCUUGGCCAGCAGUGGGUGCAUCCUGGAGCUGGUGGCAUUGGAUGGGCAUUUGACAUGGGCAAAGUUCUGGCAAUUUCUUACACAAUCCAUCCCUCUAGCCCCCUUGCUGUCAAAACCUGGCCAUGCAAACCCAACACACCUGACAACUGCAUUGGGUGAUGCAGGGCCUCGUGGUGCCCCUGGGCCAUUGUGACACAGCAGAGCCCCAUCCUGCCUGUGGGGUGUUUAAGGAACUCCCCUGGGGUGCCCAGUCAAGCAGAACACCUUGCUCAGGAAGUAGCAGCCUCCCAGGACACCUCUGGAAAAGGAGCCAUGGAGGAGCAGAACGCCAGUCCCAAGAGCUCCAAGGAGAAGGACCACCUGAGAGAUAGAGGGAGUGGCCAACAGGAGGAUGGCACCAGGCGCACCAGCACCCUGCCCCGGCAGCUGCCUCCAUCCCACACCUCUUCCUCCUCCCGUCCACAGCUGCGGCAGCUUCAGGCUGGCCAAGGCCGGUCCCUGCACCGACUGACAUCGCCCCACAGCACCCAGGGCACCCAGGGCCGGUCCCUGCACCGAUUGACAACACCCCACAGCACCCAGGGCCGGUCUCUGCACCGACUGACAACACCCCGCAGCACCCAGGGCCGGUCCAUGCCCAGGCUGACAUCACCCCGCAGCACCCAGGGCACCCAGGGCCGGUCUCUGCACCGACUGACAACGCCCCGUAGCACCCAGGGCACCCAGGGGCGGUCCAUGCCCAGGCUGACAUCGCCCCGUAGCACCCAGGGCCGGUCCAUGCCCAGGCUGACAUCGCCCCAUAGCACCCAGGGCCGGUCCCUGCACCGGCUGACAUCGUCCAACAGCUCCAAGGGCCAGUCCCGGUCCCAGCUGACAUCGCCCCGCAGCACCGAGGGCCGGUCCGUGCCCAGGCUGACAUCGCCUGGUAACUCCAAGGGCCGGUCCUGGUCCCGGCUGACAUCGCCCCACAGUACCAGGGACACUGAGGCCCGGUCCCGAUCCCAGCUGACAUUGCCGAGGAGCACCAAGGGCCCAUCUGUGUCCUGGCUGACAUCACCCGGCAGCUCCAAGGCCCGGUCCCAGCUGACAUCACCUGGCAAUACUGGGGACACCGAGGACCAGUCCAUGCCCAGGCUGACAUCGUCCAGCAGCUCCAAGGCCCGGUCCCGGUCCCGGCUGACAUCACCUGGCAAUACCGGGGACACCAAGGGCCGGUCCCAGUCCCAGCUGACAUCGCCCAGCAGCUCCAAGGCCCGGUCCCAGUCCCGGCUGACAUCACCUGGCAAUACCGGGGACACCAAGGGCCGGUCCCAAUCCCAGCUGACAUUGCCCGGCAGCACCGAGGACCAGGCCAUUCCCAGGCUGACAUUGCCCGGCAGCUCCAAGGGCCGGUCACGGCUGACAUUGCCCGGCAGUACCGGGGGCACUGAGGGCCAGUCCCGGUCCCGGCUGACAUUGCCUGGCAGCACCGAGGACCAGGCCAUACGCAGGCUGACAUUGCCCCAUAGCUCCAAGGGCCGGUCCCAGUCUCGGCUGACAUUGCCCAGCAGCACCAAGGCCUGGUCCCGGCUGACCUUGCCCCACAAUACCAAGGACACCGAGGACCCCUCCGUGUCCCAGCUGCCAUCGCCCCGCAGCUCCCUGGGCUCAGGGGGCACCGAGAGCCGUCCCAGCCCGGACAAGGGGGAACAAGGCCCGUGGGGGCGCAGGUCCCACCCUGCUGGCUCCUCACAGCCGCCCGUGAGGAGCCGCCGGGCCUGCAGCGGCCCAGUGGGGCCAGAACCGGCCUCCGUGAGGAAACCAUCUCCUGACCCACAGAGAGAGGCCUCUCACCGUGCCGAGCAGGAAACCCAGACGGAGGCCUGGGCCCAAGAGGUGGAUUCAGCUGUUCAAUACACUGAGCAGAUGACACAGACACAUCUUGUGGCAGAACAGGAGAAAAACUCAGCUGCUCCCCUCAUGGUUGACCAGAAGACACAGACUGAGACUCCAAGACAAGUGAAUUCAGCUUCCCCUCAAACCAACAAGAGGACACAGAGCAAGGCCCACGGCUCUGCCCGCUCCACAGGCACUGGUGCCCCCGCUCAGCAGCAGCCGCCCUCGCAGCUGUGCUGGGCGUUCUGGCGCUCCUGCACAUCUGGACAGCCUCCUGCUGCCAGCACCCUGCAGGGGCCCGGGGACAGCCGCUGCUCCAGGCAGCCAAAACGUCCUGAGCGCGGCACGCCAGAGAAGUGGGGAUGGAUGACACUGCCGCCCUACUCCUGGCCAUGGCUCAUUGAGAUGAAUCAGUUUUAAUAAAAUAUUUCAUUCCUCUAA